AGAAUGAGUAGUGCCACCGAAAGAAGAGGAAAGUGUUGAGAUCACGUUUGACUGUCUAUUGGAAAACGAUAGUUUUGAACAAUGAAUUUUAUAAAGGAGAAUAGCCAAGGCCUCAUUCAAAGAAUGGGAAUGACUGUUAUAAAGCAAAUUACAGAUGAACUCUUUGAACUGAAUGUUCUGAAUUUUGAAGAAAUAAGCAUCAUUUGCUGUGAGAAGGUCGAGCAGGAUGCAGCAAGAGGAAUGAUUCACAUGAUUUUGAAGAAGGGCUCAGAGGCCUGCAACCUCUUUGUUAACUCUCUUGAAAAGUGGAACUAUCCUCUAUUUCAGGACUUAAAUGGACAAAGUCUCUUUCAAACUCAGAUGUCUGAAGAGGACUUAGACUAUCUGGCCCAGGAUUUAAAGGACUUGUACCACGCCCCAUCUUUUCUAAACUUCUUCCCCCUGGGUAAGGAUAUUGACAUCAUUUUUAAUUUGAAACGCACCUUCACCGAACCUGUUCUGUGGAAAAAGGACCAACACCACCAUCGCACGGAGCAGCUGAGCCUGAGCGGUCUGCUUGAAACUCUCCAGAGCCCCUGCCUCGUCGAAGGGGAAUCGGGCAAGGGGAAGACCACGCUGCUCCAGCGAAUCGCCAUGCUCUGGGCCUCUGGGAAGUGUGGGGCUCUGGCCAAGUUCAAGUUGGUCUUCUUCCUCCGCCUGAGUAGGGCCCAGGGUAGCCUCUUCGAAAGCCUGUGUAAACAACUGCUGGACUUCCCUUACACCGUCCGGAGGCAGACGUUCAUGAGCACCCUGCUGAAGCUCCGGCAAAGGGUACUUUUCCUGCUCGAUGGCUACAACGAAUUCAAACCCCAGAGCUGCCCGGAACUCGAAGCCCUGAUUAAGGAGAACCACCGCUUCAAGAAUAUGGUCAUGGUCACCGUCACCACCGAGUGCCUGAGGCACAUCCGGCAGUUUGGUGCCCUGACUGUCGAGGUGGGAGACAUGACCGAGGGCAGUGCCCAAGCUCUCAUCCAGCAAGUGCUGAUCCAGGAGCUUGCUGCAGGCUUGUUGAUGCAGAUGAGGAAGUCGAGGAGCUUGCGGAUUCUGAUGAAGACCCCUCUCUUCGUGGUCAUCACCUGUGCCAUCCAAAUGGGGGAGACUGAGUUCCACGCGAACACCCAAACAACGCUCUUCCGCACUUUCUACGACCUCUUACUUCAUAAAAACCAGCAUAAACGUCGAGGCGUAGCUGCCCAGGACUUGGCCCGGAGCCUUGCCCACUGUGGAGACCUCGCUCUGGAAGGCGUGUUCAGCCACAGGUUUGAUUUCGAACCUGAGGACGUGUCCAGCGCCAGUGAGGAUGUCCUACUGACCACGGGCCUCCUCUGUAAGUACACAGCUCAAAGGUUCAAACCCAAGUAUACCUUUUUCCACAAAUCCUUCCAGGAGUACACGGCAGGACGCAGGCUCAGCAGUUUGCUGACAUCUCAGGAGCCCUGGGAGGUGACCAGAGGGAAUGCCUACUUGCAGAGGAUGGCGUCCAUGUCAGACAUUACAUCCUUGUACAGUAACCUGCUCCUGUACACGUGUGGGUCAUCUGCAGAAGCCACCAAGAUCGUCAUGAAGCAUCUGGCAGCAGUCUGUCGACAUGGCAGCCUCCUUGGGCUUUCCACGGCCCAGCGGUCUCUCUGGAGGCAGGAAUCCAUACAAAAUGUGAAAGACACCGCCGAGCAAGAAAUCCUGAAGGCCCUGAACGUCAACGCCUUUGCCGAGUGCGGCCUCCAUUUAUUCCAUGAGAGCAUCUCUAAAUCUGCCUUGAGCCAAGAAUUUGAAGUCUUCUUCCGGGGUAAAAGCUUAUACAUUAACUCGGAGAACAUUCCCGAUUACUUAUUUGACUUUUUUGAGCACUUGCCUAAUUGUGCCAGUGCUCUGGACUUCAUUAAAUUGGACUUCUAUGGAAGAGCUUCUGGGACACAGGACAAGGAUGCAGAAGAGUCCCCAGAAACCUAUAUUCCCAGCCGGGCUGUGUCUCUGUUCUUUAACUGGAAGCAGGAAUUCAAGACUCUGGUGGUCACACUCCAAGAUCUCAACAAGUUGAAUAAACAAGAUAUUAAAUAUCUGGGGAAGAUAUUCAGCUCUGCCACUAGCCUCAAAUUGUACAUUACAAGGUGUGCCGGCGUGGCUGGAAGCCUCAGUUCCAUUCUCAGGUCCUGUAAGAACCUAUAUUCUCUCAUGGUUGACAGCAGUCCACUCACCAUAGAAGAUGAGGAGCACAUCACAUCUGUGGCAAACCUGUCGACCUUGAGCGUUUACAACCUACAGACUCAGCGGCUCCCAGGUGGUUUGACUGACAGCUUGGGUAAUUUAAAGAACAUUAUGAAGCUCAUACUGGACAACAUUAAGAUGAAUGAGGAAGAUGCAAAAAAAUUAGCUGACGGUCUGACGAACCUGAAGAAGUUACGUUUACUCCGCUUGACCCACUUGUCUGACAUUGGAGAGGGGAUGGAUCACAUAGUGCGGUCUCUGUCCACCAAACCCCGUGACCUUGAAGAAAUCCAAUUAGUCUCCUGCUGCCUGUCUGCGAACGCCCUAAAAACCCUAGGUCAGAAUCUUCAUAAUUUGAUGAAACUGAAAAUUAUUGAUUUAUCUGAAAAUGACCUGGAAAUGGAUGGGAAUGAAGCUCUACAUGAAUUGGUCAGCAGGCUGAGCCUCCUGGAAGGACUGGCUGCGCUGAUGCUGCCCUGCUGGUGUGAUGUGCGGGUGAACCUGGCCAGCCUGCUGGAGCAAAUGGAAGGGAUGCCACAGCUUAUCAAACUUGGGCUGAAAAACUGGAGACUCACAGAUUCAGAGCUUAGCGUUUUAGGUGCAUUUUUUGAGAAGAGCCCUCUGAGAAACUUCCAGCAGUUGGAUUUGGCAGGACAUUGUGUGAGCAGCGACGGGUGGCUUGCCUUCAUGGAUGUGUUUGAGAGCCUUCAACAGCUAGUGUUUUUUGACUUUAGCACGGAAGGAUUUCUACCUGAUGCAGCAUUAGUCAGAAAACUUAGCCACGUGUUAUCCAAGUUAACUUUUUUGCAAGAAGCUAGGCUUAUUGGAUGGCAAUUUGAUGAUGAUGAUCUCAGUGUGAUUAAAGGCAGUUUUAAACUAGUAAUUUAA